GUGCUGCCUCCGACAUACUUCGACAUACAAUAACCUUUCGGAAAAUAAGCAGCGGCGUUAAAGCAUGUCUCUCUACUCUCUGAUAUAAUACUUCAUCCGUUUCCAGACAGUUUGGAUUCUACUUUGAGGGGUUUCAGUUGUCAUGGAUUGGUGCGAUCGGAUAGGAAUCUCAGUGGAUGAGCUAUGAUUUAGCUGGGUCAAGCCAGAGCCCAGGAGUUUAAGAUGAGCAGUACGCAGGGACGGAGCUGCAUCGACCCUCUUGUUCAAAGUAAUAUGGAAGGUGCCACGGGGGUCCCUAAAGCCGACAGCCUACCACACUAUCCCCAUGACAAACCUCUGCCAGUCAGCAGAGCUUAUUUCCCGUACUCUCUUGGUGGACAAGACACACUUGACUUUCCUUCUCCAUGGGGCCCUUCAAAAACCUGCGUGAGAAAUGAGCCAAGUUCGGGGAUUCACUCAUCGGUCCCUGAAGGGUCAAUUACAGUUCCAUCCGUUUACAGGCCUGAAAAAGUGUCUUUCCCUGUGGAUGCUGGGGGUGGACGCUGUGCUGUACCUCAAGAGUUGGCAGCGAAGCAGAGGUUGGCAUAUUAUCUCAGCAAUCCCAGACAGCACAGUCCCAGGGCAGCUGGGGUCAUCUCACCAGUGGCAGUUCCCAAGGGUCACAUUGGAGGAUCAGAUGCAGAAAGCUUUGUUGGGUUGGCUAUUCCAAAACCGGUUUACGGUCAUAGUCCCUGCUGCACUGAACGUGGAUGUACUGCAAGGCAUAACUACGGUGCGGAAUGUGGACCACAAAGGAUGUCCCCUCGCAUAUAUGGUGACGAAUGGGCUGCUCAUUUUAGCCGCCUGGCCUAUCUGCAUAAAAAGGACCAGGAGGCAUUGGCGCAACAGAGGAUUGUGCAGUUAGAGCAUGGCGCGGAGGGCAUAAUGGACGGAAAGGCCGAGAGUUAUCAUAAUAUCAGAUCAAACGAGCCCAGAAGGUCACUUUCUUUAAUAGAACCAAGCUAUACUUACAACACUGCACAUCCAUUUAUUGGUUCCACACCAGAGUACUGCCAACGUGCCCCAAUUCCCACACAGAUAUACAAGGGUCUUCCCCAUACUUAUGACCCAAGGACUUUGACACACCAUGGAGUUCCUUCAAAAGUAUAUCAGGAUCAUCCUCACAUAUCAAAAUACACAUCAGUUGCUCCAUGUCCCAGUGUCUAUUACUCUCAGAGUCACCAUGAGGCUUACCGAGCAGAUCCCAAUGUUAUCACAGAUGAGCAUGGUCAGCAUCAUCACAUGGGGCAUUUCCAUUCACCUCGAUCUGACUUGAUGUCACCUUCCUGCUCUGUUGUCUCCCCACACCGUCCAGUGAUACCAAAAUAUCCUAUUUAUCAUCCAUAUGGGGUACAUUUUAGUAGUAACCAAGCACCCAUGCACGAUCGGCCACAUCCAUCUUUCCCAAUGCAUCAAUCAGAGCGACCACUUGAUUUCUCUAUAAGAAGGGUGCAGACACCAGACUCCCCUCGAGAACUUUAUAGACAGACUGGAACUUCUGAGGCUUUCCAUCCUACUCUGGCCCACUACAGACAUUUCAGUAACACCACUACCCAGGAACUCUCAGAGAUGUCUGAAACUGGCUUUCUUGUAGGCAGUUCCAAAGAACUUCCCACAAUGUCCCUUGAAGAUGAACUUAAGAUAAGACAUUGUGUUUCAGCUCCAUCUGACAAAGAUGUAUUAGCUAAAAGGCCCAGAGAGGAACUUGAAACAGACAUGGCCAGUAAAAAGCAAAGGAUUGACUCAACCCAUGAGUUGUCAGAUAAUGAGUCUCAGUCACCGUCCUCCCCACCCAUGCCAGUUAUUAAUAAAGUUUUUAGCUUGGCUCCUUAUAAAGUCUAUUUCGAAUCUACAGGCAUGUUGUCUUCACUAAGGAAUUCAAAAAGUCUAAAGCCACAGCCCGAGGCCACACGGCUUAAACAAGAGCCGGAAAUUCAAAACUGUGAUCUAGAACCAAAUUCAGGUGAAAGUGACCUUAGCUUGAAACAAGACACCCAAAUGUCACCAGCUAACGGUGAAGGUCCAGUUGAAAUGCCAGAGACUGUAAAGAUCAAAAAAGAAAAAUUGGAUCCAGAUGAAGUGGCUUGUCAGUCGGAUAUGAAAGUGAGCAUUGCUGAGGAGAUGAAUCAUCAGGCGGACAAUUCUGAGGUAAAAAAAGAGCAAGGGGAGCCAGACACAAGUAUAUCUGACUCUCGUCCUUGUCUUGUUGUAGUAAAGAGUGACUUUGAAGAAGAAAGCGAUCCUUUCUUAAUAGAAAAGUCUGAAUCUUCAGCCACAUGCAAGACUGAGAAUGCUGUGAAAGACAUGGACUCAAUUCCAGGUCCUACAUUGCCCUCAACACCUCCAGUGCCCCCUCCUUUGACUAAAUUCUCCCUCACUAAAAUCCCACCUCAUAGCCUUAAAUUGGCCAAUUUCAAAAUUGUCAUCCCUGAUGUCCUUAAAGCUCCAGUAACCCAACCUGUUGAGGUUCCUCGGUCUCCACUGGAGGCCAAGCCAAUUAUAUGUAGCAGCAAACAUGCCCGUCAUCAGUUUAUGGAGCUUCAUCAGUCUCUCUGUAGACUCAUAUAUGUGUACGUUAAUCAAACCCCAUGUCAGGAGCUCAGGGACUGGUUAUGCAGACUGGACCUUCAAGAAUCAGGCAAAGAUCAGAAGGUGUCUUGUCUCUUGGGGUCAAAAAUGAGGAAAGUAUGGCUGAAAGGUGAUGAGAUGGAGGUGGCUCUUAAAAAGGUGGUCUGGCAACUUCAAAAGUAUGUUGAAAGGCUUGAUUGUCCCUUUCCUCAUGUCAUGAGGGCCGGUGCGAUGUUCAUUCCCAUGCUGGUGGUCAAAGAGGUGCUGUUUCCUCAGAUUCAAGGCGCAUUCAUAGACCAGGUCCUGCAGGAGCAUCGGCUGGAGCUCAGGCCCACCACCCUCUCAGAGGAGAGGCAACUGACGCAACUCCACAGAAAGGCCUUCUCUUCCAAACUCCGGAGACUUCUGUCCCUUAAACAUCUGCCAGAUAUAUACCCUGAUUUCCUCAACCUUCUCUACCAUGCCAAUGUCUGCAAGUUUCUUGAUUCCACUGGUACAGAUGGUGUCCAAAAAAUGACCAGGAGUAGAAACCAGCUUAACAUUCAAGAGAGAGAACACGGACAGCUCCGAUGAAUCAGCCGGCCGUGUGAAUGGCACUGAAGAAUUCUACCUCGAGUCCUCCAGACUGCUCACACCGCAAACCACAUGUGUCGACAAG